AUGAACUAUCAUGAUUGUAUCAUCUGUUUGAAUGUUUUCUUCUUUACAUGGUCCCAAGCCACCAAUGUUUCUUGGAAUUAUACCGCAAAACUGGACUUUGAUAAUAAAAAGUUUAAUGACGAACUUUUGGGCGAAUACAAUGCUCAGUCUACAUGUGUUUGUUCCGCGAUGUGUCAAGAGGAUUGCGGUGUCUUUGGAUACAAUCCUAAACUGAAGAAGUGCCGAGUCCACACUCAGUUCAACUGUACAUCUGAAAUGUCUGAUGAGGCAGGGUGGAGGUACUAUUUUGAUAAGUUUCUUCCUAUGGAUUGUAAAGACGUUCGUGAUAAUGGUCACACUAGUUCAGGUGUGUAUGAAAUUUAUCCUUUUGGGGCCCGCUCUUGUCCAGUCAGAGUUUACUGUGAUAUGGAGACAAUGGACGGAGGUUGGACGGUUAUCCAAAACCGAAAAGAUGGAUCUCUAAACUUUCAAAGGAGUUGGAAAGAAUAUAAGAAUGGUUUUGGUGAACCGGGCCAGAAUGUCUGGAUUGGAAAUAACCUUAUUCAUCAGUUAACAAAGGGAAAGAAGUCCUACCUGUAUGUGUCUAUCACACUAGAAAAUGGUACAACACUGUACGAGUUGUACGAACGAUUCUCCAUUUCCGACGAAGGAGAGAAGUAUAAACUCUUUCUGGCUGGAGAUGCCACGGGAACCUUAGGUGACAGGAUGUUAAACCCUGGGCACCCAGCUCUCGUUCUGUCUGGGAUGUACUUCAGUACCCCGAACAGAGACAAUGACCCAUGGGAUAUAAGUCAUUGUGCCUUAAAAUAUAGAGGGGGCUGGUGGUUUAACACCUGUCACAACGCCUUCCUGAACGGUCCCUGGGCUGAUCGUUACUACUGGAUUAAACCUUGGUAUCCUCCAAUUUACUAUUCAACAGAUGUGAAUGGAACAAUGAUGAUGAUCAAACGGCACUAG